AAAUAGUUAAAAGUACCUGAAACAAACUACUCCUCAACAGUUAGUAUACCAUCAAAUGAAUUCAAAAGAUUUUAAAGGGAGUUAGAAAAUAUUAACGAAUCAAUUGGCAUUGAAACAUCCAAAGAAGAAAUAAAAUUUUAUGUUAAGGGAGAUUGGAAAAAAAAGGUCUCUGUUAAAAUCAAUAAAUCAGAGAAGCUAAAGGAGAGUGUAGAAUAUGAAGUCGGUGAGACAGUGAAUUUAAGUUUUGCUGUGAGGUAAUAUAAUAAUGAUUAUGAUUGGUAUUUCAAAGUUGUUUAAUAAAGUAAUUGCAUUAUCAAUUUAAGUGAUAUUGUCAAUGUCUUAAGAUCAGCUAUUAGUGCUCUAGUAGAAAAUUUAAGGUAUGAGAUCUUUGAAAUUGUAUUUAGCCCCUAAAACAAAUGAUAAAGAAUCU